CACGGCCCUACGCCAUAUACUCUGCAGGUAGUACCAUAGUUUGGCUGUGCCCUUCCUUUCUGUAGGGCAGAUCGGAGGUCUGCUUCCAGAAUACCUGUGAAGCUGAUCUGUGCUUUCUGACUACAACAAAAUUGGCUGGGAUCUAGAGAUCCUAAAGAAGCACAAGAAAUGGCAGAUGUCGAUAAUCAGGAGCCGGGAGCUGAACAAGGGCAAGAUGGCACUGCAAAGAACCUACAGGAUGUUCCUGUUGACGCUGCUCACGGUCUUCUCCAGGCCAGCAGCCCGGCAGCAUCUCUGCGAGAAGACCAGAUUCAGAACGCCGUCUCUUUCCUGUCUCAUCCCAAGGUGCGCGGCUCCUCAGCAGCCUCCAAGGUGAGCUUCCUGGAGAAGAAGGGCCUGACAGCAGCCGAGAUCGAGGAGGCCUUCCGCCGCGUGCCAGACACCCCCACAGCCUCAGUGCCAGCCGGCUCUUCUGGCCUGCCUGCGCAGCCUGCUGCUCAGCCCCCACCCAAGCCCUUCCCUACUGGCACCGCUGCCACGCUGCAGCAGCUGCAGCCGCAGCCGAUUGCCCAGCCUCCGCAGCCCAUCAGAUGGACGCAGGUUGUGGUUGGCCUGGGCCUGGUGGCAGCGCUGGGCUACGCAGUGAAAGAGUAUGCGCUGCCCAAGGUCUCGCAGUGGUACAAGGAGUGGCGCAGUGACUCCGACAAGGCCGCUGCCGAGCAGAAGGCGGAGGAGACUGCCCGGCUGGUCGCCACUGCCAUCCAGGCUCAGACGGCGGAGAUGCAGAAGACUCUGGGGGACCUGAAGGAGGCCAUCGGGACGCUGGAGAAGGGCAAGGCGGCCGCAGUGGAGGGAACGCCAGACACCGUCACCCUCGCGCAGCUGCGCUCAGAGCUGCGAGUGCUCGCAACCUCUCUCAACGAGUUUGGCAGCCCGGCCAAGGCGGUGGCGGAUCCCGCGGAGGGCCGAAAACUGGAUGAGAUCAAGACAAUGGUUGCAAUGGUGGCCGGACAGCUGUCCGCGCGGCCUGUGCCCAUCUCUACUGUGCAAGACCCCUUCACAUCCCCUGGUGUGCAGACAAAUGGGAUCCAGGAGAUUUGCGGGGCCUCUCCUUUCAUGGCCAAUGGGGUCGCUGAGAACGCCACAGCAGAGCCGGAGCCUCUGCCGCAGCCGCCCCACCCAGCCUCCUAUAUGGAGGUGCUGGAGAUGCUGGAGAAGGGUCAGACGCCGCCGGGGAUCCGCGAUGACAUUGUUGAUGUGCCACCCAAUCCGUCCGCGCCGCCGCCCGGUGCGCGCAUGAAGCCGCGGCCCAAGCCAUGGGAGCGUGCCGCCUCCGCGCCCGACUCCCCUGUCGCCAACGGCGCCUUCCCUGCCACCGCAGCCGUCCCACGCACGUCCUCUGCCGGGGCGUUCCCUCCCGCGACUCGCGCCGCGGUCCCCCCGGCUGACGUGGAGCGGUCCCCCCCGCGUGCCCCCUGGGCGGACGGAGGCCCCUCCUUCGCUGCGCAGGCUGCAAAACCCGCAGUAAAGGCCGCUGACCAGGCCACAUCUGCCAAAACCGCCGGCGCCAGCGGCAGCAGCAGCAGUCCCCCUGCUGAUGCAUGGAAGCCGCCCGCCGUGCCUCAGCCGUCAAUCCCCCGGCCGGUCCCGGCCGCGCACCCGGUCUCCCCUCCGGCAUCCGUCGCUUCGGCCGAUGCCGGCAUCAGCACCGCUGCGGGUGCGGCUUCGCCUGAGCCUGAGAGCCCGGCGCAGGAAGCAGAGCAGCCAAGCCCAUAA